AUGAAACCAUUUGGAUGUAUUAUUGAUAUUGAUGGAGUUCUUAUUCGAGAUGGAUGUAAAAUCGAAGGGGCAGACAAAGGGAUUAAAUUACUUGAAGAACAUAAAGUGCCAUAUUGCUUAUUAACUAAUGGCCAUGGAAAUGCUCAAUAUAAAGCAGAUAUUGUUAAUAAGGCAUUAGGAACCCAUAUCGCUCCAGAACAAAUUGUUUUAGCAGUUUCACCUCUCAAAGACUUAGUGGAUGAUUUCAAAGAUAAACCAGUAUUAAUAGUUGGUAAAGAAAUGGAGAUGGACACUGUCCGAAGUUUUGGGUUCAAACAUCCAAUUUAUUAUGAAGACUAUGCUACACUUAAUCCUGCACAAUUUCCUGAUAGAUAUCAAGCUGUUCAUUCUUAUUCUAUUCAUUCUGAAUUAGAUGAGCAUACACAGAUUGCAGCUAUAUUUAUUGCUCACACUCCACUGAAUUGGGGAGAAGCGAUUCAAAUUAUUUGUGAUGUUUUAAGAUCAAAAGAUGGAAGUACUGGUUCUAUUAUGGACAAUGAACUUAUUUUAACACAGAGAGUGCCAAUUUAUUUAUGUAACCCAGACUUUGAUUAUGCAGGAAAAUUCUCUUUACCCCGUAUGACAGUUGGUGCUUUUGGCACAUGUUUAAAUACAAUUUGGAAAUCAAUCACAAACCAAGACCUUAAUAUCCAGUUUAUGGGAAAACCAUAUCGUCUCUCAUACAAAAUGGCUGAAAAUGUCAUUCUCAAACACAACAAUGAUACAACUCUUUUCUACGGAAUUGGGGAUAAUCCAAUUUCUGAUAUUCGAGGAGCAAACAAUAUGAAAAUUGAGUCACCAUAUAGUUAUACUUCUGUCCUUGUUGAAUCUGGUUGUGGUAAUGAAGAGUCUCUCAAAAAAGACCCACCAGACAUUGUGUCAUCAAAUUUCCUUAUGGCUGUGAAAACAAUAUUAAAAAUGAAUGGAAUUUCUAUUAAUUAA